AUGACUAUAUAUAUUUGCAAAAGUCUCGUCGCACUCUCUCUCAAGAACACUUCACAUCUCAACAAAACCCCAAUCUCUCUUCUCUCUCUCCUCUUCAUCUCUUCCUCUCCAGAAACCCCAAUUGCGGCGGCCGAUUACUUGAUUGAUAGACACAAUUUUUCUCCUGCAACUGCUUCGAAAGUCUCUUCCGUCGUAAAGUAUCUGAAAAGGCCUGAAGAGACCGAUUCGAUUCUCUCAUUUCUCCAGGAAAGUGGUAUUUCUGAUACCUAUCUCGAGCGUAUCAUCAAACGCGUGCCUAAAGUUCUCUCUGCAAAUCUUGAGUGGUCCAUCAAACCCAAAUUCAAGGUUUUUCGAGACUUGGGUUUUUCUUCUAGCAAUGUUGUGGAAAUGGUUUCGUCUCAACCAAUGAUUCUAACUUGUAGUUUUAAUAAACGGUUUGGCCAAUCGAUUUUAGCAUUGAAGAGUGUUGUCGGUUCAAAUAUGGAUGUGUCUGGGAUUUUAAAGAAACAUGCGUGGCUUCUUAGGUAUGAUUUGGCGAAAACUAUGAUACCCAAUAUUGAACUUUUGAAGAGUUGUGGUAUUAGUUCGUCACAAAUAACUCAGUGUCUCUAUAUUUUCCCAAGAGAUUUCUUGCAUAAAACAACGAGAAUUAGAGAAAAUGUCAAGAGGGUUGAUGAGAUGGGCAUUGACAGGAAGUCUAAAAUGUUUCUUCUUGCGAUUCGGGCUUUUUGUUCGAUGACUAAAGAUAAUUGGGAGUCGAAAUUGGAGCUCUUUAAAAGUUUGGGGUUUUCGGAAGAUGACAUUUUGUCAAGUUUUAGGAGAUAUCCUCAUGCUUUUGCUGUGUCAGAGAGGAAAAUUAAGGAGUUAACACAGCUUUUGCUUAGCUCAGGCAAAUGUGAUAUCUCAUUUGUUGUUAAUAACCCAGAAUUACUUACUUACAGUGUUGUGAAUAGGUUUAAGCCACGGUUAAGAGUUCUGGAGGUUUUGGAAAGCAGGAAUUUGCUUCUUAAAAAGUCAAGUUUGGCAACUGCAUUCAAGAUGACUGAUAAGAAGUUCUUUGAGAAAUAUGUACUCCCUUAUUCAGAUGAAGUUGGCAAAUUAUUUGUGAUUAAGAAGGCCUCGUUGAUAGCAGAAAUAUGUGCUUAA